UUCCUGCAGUCCUGGAGACUAACUCUCAGAGGGAAAUGAUUCCGCAUGAAUUGCAUGGACCGUUCUCCCACAGCAGGAGUGACUUCCUUUGCUUACGAUUGAAAUCUGUGUCCAUCCAACCCUAAGCACAGGACACAUUCCCUUCCAGCACCACUCUCCUCUUGACCCCAUCCCCAUUCUCACCCUGAUAAGUGGGAGGGAUACGAUAUUCAGAGACAAAUAGAAGGGCAAUAGAGAGUCAGAGGGAAGAAACAUCAAAAAAGAGUGGUACAGGAUACAUACACACCAUGAAGUCAACGCAGAACGAAUGCCUGCCCCCCAAAAAACGUGAGAUCCCAGCAAGCACUCUGCCCUCAGAGGAGAGGCCCAUGGUUAUGGCGCCUGCCAAUGAGAGCCAACGUGGGGGGAACCUCGCCUGGCUUGCCAGUCUGGCAAGUGGGCAUGAUAAAGGCACCAGGCACACCAGCACCUCUGCAGAACACGAUGGGCCACAAUAUAAACCAAUGUCUGCCCCUGCUGAAAGUGCACUUCCUUUAUCAACACACUCACAGAGAGCUCCAAUUGCAGUGACCACCAUACCUGCAGUGUACACGUCACCCCUCUCACACCCAGCAGGCACCAUCCAGUACACACCCCUGCCCCCAAAUGUGCACUUUAUCAGCUCACCAUAUGCAGCACCAUAUCCUGGCUACAUCUCUCCGCUAGUACCCCAGUCUGCUGUCGCCACCAGCACCACACAACGUGAUGCUUACGCUAUCACCUCCAGUUCUUCCGCAUCUAAAAUUGACCACCACCAUCAGCUGGGUCGUCCAACAUCUGAUAGCACAUCUUUGCCCCACUCCACCCAGUAUGUGCAAAUUGCUGGUUCUGUAAACGUAUCCUCUCGGACUGCACCAUCUCCCCAUGGUCACAUGCCCCUACACCUACACCCUCACCACACAAUUCCCAUCAGUGGCACCUCACAGGUCUUUGUUCAGUGCACAGAUGGACUUUUCCCCAAGAGGGAGGAUAACAGGCCUAGGGAGAUCCUAAAUGGAGAGCUGGAGAAGGACAAACGCUUUGGUCUAUCUCCAGAGUCUAGUGCAGGGAAGCAGGGCAGCAGCACUGCCAAAGGGAGCUCCUUCAACCAACAGCACCAGAUUCACCAGCAGCAGAGCCUGCAACACUUUGAGGCUCGCCACUUGGUGCUACCUGUUGAAUAUGCACAAGAUAGUGCAGCCAUGCGGACCUCUUUAGUGCUUAUACCCAACAGUCAUAGCUCUAGUGUUGCUGACCCUGGAGGUACACCGGACAAGCUGCCUCCCCCAACAUCCCACAGUGAUAAAGGAGGGAUUUGUGCUGGCAAACCAGUAUCUCGCAUUUCCUCCACCUCUGCAUCCCAUCCUUUUCCUCCUCCGCCUCCACCUGUGGACAAUCUAAAGGGGGCAGUUACUGCACUGUCCCCACAUGCAGUCAUCCAGACCACACACAACACCACAGAGUCACUUUCCCUGGGCCUUCCCUCUAACAGUUUCUACUCUGCACAGCAGCCCAUCAUUGGUUACAUUGCUGGCACAGGGCACCAGCAGCCUCUCAGCUACCACACCAGCCUGCCCCAGCACCUGGUCAUUCCUGGAACUCAGCCGGUCAUCAUCCCAGUAAGUGGAACAGAAGCUCCCACGACAUCAACUUCGCCACCCUUGCCUGCUGCACUGCCCCAUGCGUUCAUCACCUCAACGCCCUCCAAAGUGGAGUCCUUUGAUACUCCAGCCCCUUAUCCCCACCCUACUGCAGCGGUGCUUCAAGCCCAGUUACACCUGCCUGUGGUUCCAGCCUCUGCUGGCCUGCUAACGACUCCACCUCCUUCUUCAUCUCCCUCGCUGCCCCCUUACUUCACUAAGGGCUCUAUCAUCCAGCUUGCAGAUGGGGAGCUGAAGCGAGUGGAGGACCUGAAGACAGAGGAUUUUAUUCAGAGUGCUGAGAUCAGCAAUGAACUGAAGAUCGACUCCAGCACUGUAGAGCGCAUUGACAACAGUCAUACACCUAACUUUGCCAUUAUACAGUUUGCUGUAGGAGAGCAUCGUUCACAGGUCAGUGUGGAGGUCCUUGUCGAGUAUCCGUUCUUCGUGUUUGGUCAGGGCUGGUCAUCCUGUUCUCCCGAACGGACCACCCAGCUGCUGGAGCUGCCGUGUACUAAGCUGUCAGUGGGCGACGUCUGCAUUUCUCUUACCCUGAAAAACCUAAGGAACGGCUCUAUCAAGAAGAACCAAGGCCAAGUUUUGGACGGGCCAACCCUCGGUCCACCCUUCAAGUCACCCAAAGCACACUCGAGUGCGGCGCGAGGGGGUCGUCGACACACAGAACAGGAGAACGGACUUGGGCAGUGCGGUGGAGUUCAGGGAAAUGGAGAGAAUGGAGAACUGAGGUUUGGGGAGAAGGACAUCUUCAAAGCACCACUGCCCACUGAAUCAGAGUCCAACAGCAAACCCACAGGACGCAAAAGGAGAUGGUCAGCACCUGAGGGCCGCAAAGUAGAAAAUCCAGAUGGAGAGCCCCCUUUAACGUUCCCCAAGCCUUCAUUUAUCCCUCAGGAGGUUAAAAUUAGUAUCGAAGGCAAAUCAAAUAUUGGCAAGUGAAUGCCCGUCGGACUAUCAGAGCUUAAAAAUGAAAUUAUACACGAAUUUAACCACAGAAUGUUAUUUCUUCAUUUUGAUUUCUGACUUUUGAUUUUCUAUCCAGAUUAUUGUACCUUAAAUCUAAAUUGACUCCAUAUGUACAUGAUCACAUCACAUAUUAACAUUGUAAUAGAUGCAUUCAAUAUUACACAGGCGAUUGGUUAAACUCGUUUAAUGUGGGCAAAUAUGCGAGAUAAAAAGGUUGUGGUUGCCCUAGCAUUGCGUGACUGCCUGAAAGGUAUAUGCAGACCAGUCUUAGCUAACAAGACUAAAAGUCUCUUAUUUCUGACAUCAUGUACAUUGUUUGGCCCAGUAGUCCAACUAGCAUUGAAUAAGCAUGAGAACUUUAGAAGAGAGAAGGUGGAAAACUGGUGUGAAUAACAUUGUUAACGGUGGCAGAACGGAUUUCACUUCUUCACUGGUUGCGGGAGUUUACAUGAUGUCAGCCAUCUUGUUUCAUCUGAUGUUUAACUGUGACCUAAAGAGAUUAUCAAUCCUAACAGUCGUUGCUGCAGUUAGACCUGCAUUGAUUAUAUGUACCUUUUCAAUAGUAAGAAGAGCUUUUCAACAACUACGGCAGCCUUUCCCAACCCUUUUCCUGGUGGCACACCAACUCAUUUUUUAGAUCUCUCCCACAUCUGACCGAAUUGUUUUCCAUUAUGGAGUAUCUAUUAAUGACCUGAUCCAGGUGUGUUUAAAUAGGCCUCUAGGAACAGGGUUGGGAAACAGCGUACCGUGGCACAGGCCAAGAAAGAUGAUGUCAUCAAGCGGUGCCAGUUGCUCCUAAGAAAGACGAAACUUCAUUUUGAACAGGGAUAAUGGUUGAGUCUAUUUUUAUAAAUAUCCAACUGUCUAACCUUUUUUAAUUUGAUGCUCUUUGUAGUUUUGCAUGUUUUAAUUUUCCGUUUCACUUCUCAAGCCCUCCUAUCAAAACUGAUAUUUGUUUCUUUUUAUGAUGAAUGUGUAAACCUUACAAUCAGGGGUAAUUUUUUUUACAUAGACAGAAGGGUUCAUGUCUGUGUAUAUGUGCAUGUGUUGAUGCAUACAAACACAAUAGUUUGGUCAUUUAGAGAAAGGGUAGAGCUGAGGUCAACCAGUCCCUUUGGUUUUAGUGCAGUCUCGCCUGUUUUUGAUAUGACAAGAGAAAAGAGAUUAUUUUGAAAGAAAGAGAAAGAAAGUUGGACGUAACGAGUGGUUGUCCUAAAGCAUUUUAAAAGCCUGUCAUAGCUUAGUCCAAUUAUAAGAUGGGUGAUAAUGAUUAUUAUAAUUAUUUUGUUAUGAUUGCUACUACUAUUUCCUGUUGAUUUUUCAACGUGAACACAGUACUGUAUGAUGACUUGGAUGUUGUGUGGGAGGACAUGAGGAUCUCUUACUUUGUGAAGAGAAGAAUGUACCAGGUUUAAGAAAGAAAAAAGGAAAA